AAAAACUUAGCCCAUUGUAAAGACAGCUGCCCUCAAUUAAUACAUUGUAAAUGUUAACUGGUGUUUCUUUUUCUUUUUUUUCUUUUUUAAAAAGAAGAGAAAAAGUCAGAUUAGUCCUAAGCAGAAGUCUCUUGAAAACUGAAACGAGACACCUCGAGAAAAACCAAGUUGAUGGUAAUGGCAAGUAGCACUGGAAUCCAGGGUGAUGAUUUUAGCUACCUGAUUGUGAGACCAGACAAGGGUGAGAUUUGGGACGUCUUGAAGUACUCAUUGCGGGGUGAUAUAGAGUGUGGGUCGAAGUUCCUGGAAAGCUCAGACCAGGGUGUGGUGGGUGGCGAAGCGGCUGACCACCGUUGGAUCAUUUUGAUGUCUAUCGUAGCACGCAGGAUCAUUCAUUUUCUCGGCAAACCCAUGGAGUUAACUGGCUAUGGGGUUGACUUCUUUCUCAAUCUUCUUUCUCAGAACGGCUCGCUUUUUGGCUUAUUUUACAAUCUUCUCCGUGGAGACAUAGUUAUACCAAAGAGAGGCACUGAGACGUUUAUUAGUACUAUUGGACACUUAGAUGAGAGAAUGGACCUUUACCAGGCCAAAAACUUGGUGGGAGAUUUGCAUAAUUCUACUCCGGGGGAGGAAAUAAAAAAUGUUGAAUUGGAUGACCGAGCUACAAUGGACCUGUGUAUGAUGGCAUCCAAGCUAGCAUAUGAAAAUGCUGAAGUUGUUAGGAAUGUUGUGGUUCAUCAUUGGAAGAUGCACUUCGUGGACUUCUACGAUUGCUGGGAUGAUUACCAAAAGAAGAAAUCAACUCAAGUUUUUCUGUUAUGUGACAAGCCGAAGGAUGCAACUCUAAUAUUGAUCAGUUUUCGUGGCACGGAGCCUUUUGAUGCUGAUGAUUGGAGUACUGAUUUUGACUACUCUUGGUAUGAAAUUCCGAAUUUAGGAAAGCUUCAUAUGGGAUUUCUAGAGGCAUUAGGUGUGGGCAAUAGAGAAGAUACGGCUUCUUUUCAUUAUCAUCUUCAGAAGAGGAGCACAAAGCACUGCUAUCCAGAAGCUGCAGAAGUAGAGUCCUCAAAUGAGGGUCCCCACUCCGAACGAUCUGCUGGUAUUGAUAAAAAGGGCAUCCCCCCAGAAAUGGUGGAAAUGUCUGCAUACUAUGUGGUGAGAGAAAAGCUCAAGACCUUGUUUGAAGAGCACAAGAAUGCAAAAUAUAUUGUCACUGGCCAUAGCUUAGGGGGGGCUCUAGCGAUUUUGUUUCCUAUAGUGCUCAUGCUACAUGAUGAGACAAAUCUUCUUCAAAAGUUGCUGGGGGUAUACACAUUUGGACAGCCAAGGGUUGGGAACAAGCAGCUUGGGAGGUUCAUGGAAGCUCAUUUAAAUCACCCAGUCCCCAAGUACUUCAGAGUGGUUUACUGCAAUGACCUGGUGCCGAGGUUGCCUUAUGAUGAUAAAACCUUUUUGUAUAAGCAUUUCGGUGUUUGCCUUUAUUACAACAGUUGUUUUAUCGAGCAGAAAAUGGAUGAGGAGCCAAAUAAGAAUUACUUUGGGAUAACACACAUGAUCCCAGAACAUCUCAUUGCGAUUUGGGAGUUGAUAAGAAGCUUGACAAUGGGAUACACUCAUGGGCCCGAGUACAAAGAAGGAUGGUUCUCCAUAUUUCUUAGGGUACUUGGAUUGUCAAUGCCUGGUAUAGCAGCACAUUGCUCGGUAAAUUAUGUCAACUCUGUGAGACUCGGAAAGUCGUGAGUUAUUCAUAUGUCCUCCCACUAAGAAUCUUUUCUUGCCAAUGAUUUUAGUGAUAUGCCUGCAGCUGGUCCCGCCAUUGUGUUUGCCUUGAAAUUUUCUCUUGUUUGCAAUUCAGUCUGUAAGCUUUUCUCCCCAUGUAUUACUACUAGCAUUCUACUCGUCAGUUCCUAUCAGUACUAUCCUUGUCAACAGUGAAUUUGUUGCAGAAAAGUUUUCGAUGUUCUUUGUUGAUGUAAAAAGGUUUAAGCCACAACUCGAAUUCUCAAUAAUGGAAGCAGUAGUUUAUGGAUCAUGAAGAA